UCUCUCUGCUUCUUUUUAAAUUUCUAAUUCCACAUUUCAUAUGCUUUCAGUACUCUCUUGCAGUGUUGCUCUACGAUUUGGAACAGUGACAACUAAAGCCAAAUCACAACUUAAGCUCAUCCAAUUCCAAUAACAAAGCUUCUAAACGAGGGGAAUAUUCAGAAAGAAAAAGAAAACGCAAAAGGGGAAAAGAAAUGGAAAAUGAAGCGGUUGAUGGUGAUGAAUUAGAGGGUUUUCUUAUUCUUAGUUUGUCUCACACUCAAGAGAUGUAGUUUGAGCUUGUAAAAGAUAACAAAGCUCUAAGGAUGGAUUGGUCAGGACUUUUUGGCAAAGCUACCGAAGGAGUGAUUGAUUUUGUAUGGAAACAUGGUCUUCAACAAGUAACUUACAUCAUCCAUUACAAACAAAAUGUUCUUGAACUGAAAGAUAGUGCUAGAGAUCUUAGAUUUGAAAAGGAAAGGAUAAAUCAUCAAUGUGACGAGGCUUUGAAAAAUCUAAAUAACAUUGAAGGUAAGGUUAUUGAAUGGGUUCGAAAAGUGGGUGAAAUUGAGACUAUAGUGGAAGAAUUUGAGAAUGGUGAUGGCCACAAAAGAGCCCAGUCUCUCAGUUGUAAUAUUCUUUCGUACCUGUUGAAUAGACACAGGUUAGGAAGACAAGCAAAGAAGAUGGAAGUGGAUGUUAGAAAACUAAUUGAUGAGUGCCCCAACCUUGAUGAAGUGUCCUAUAGGGAAGAUAUAACUUCUAAUGAUGCCACAUUGUCUAAUUAUGGAUUUAUAGAAUUCAGUUCCACAAAAUCCACAAUGGAAAAAGUAAUAGCACAACUUGAAGAUUCCACUGUGAGAAUGGUUGGAUUGUAUGGGCCAGGUGGUGUUGGAAAGAGCACUUUAGUCAAAGAAAUUGCAAGGAAAGUUAAAGACAAUAAGGUGUUUGAUGUGGCGGUUAGAGUGAAAAUAACGGCCAAUCCCAAUCUACAAAAUGUCCAGGAAGAAAUUGCUUAUGUGUUGGGAUUGAGACUGGAAAGGGAAGGUGAGAAUGUGAGAGCUGAUUGUCUACGAAGGAGUUUAAAGAAAGAAAAAAGGAACAUCCUUUUAAUCUUGGAUGACCUUUGGGACAAAUUAGACCUAAACAAGUUAGGGAUUCCAGUUGAAGAUUAUGAUGAUGAUGAUGAUGAUUUUGGUAAUGGUAACAAAGAUCUUAAUCACCAAAUGUUAGAAAAAAAUAAUGAUAAUAAAGAUCCUAGUUACAAAGUGUUGAACAAAGAAAAAAUCCUUGGUAGUCAUAAGGGGUGCAAAAUUUUGUUAACCUCACGAGAUAAAAAAGUAUUGUGUGAUAAAAUGGAUAUAAAGUCAACUUUUUGUGUAAAGGAAUUAGAUGAGAAGGAUGCUUUGAUGUUGUUUCAAAAGUUGGCUAGAAAUCGUGAUGAAAUGUCUGACUAUAAACAAGAAAUUGUGAAGAAGUAUUGUGCAGGGUUACCCAUAGCAAUAGUUAUGGUUGCAAGGGCAUUACGAAGUAAGAGUGAGUCAGUAUGGGAAGCUACACUAGAAAAACUUAAAAAGCAAGAAUUAGUGGAAGUGCAGACAUCUAUGGAUAUUUCGGUGAAGAUGAGUUAUGACAAUUUAGAAAAUGAGGAGAUAAAGUCCAUUUUCUUACUUUGUGCUCAAAUGGGUCACCAACCAUUAAUUAUGGACUUAGUGAAAUAUUGUUUUGGUUUGGGUAUACUUAACGGUAUCUCCUCGAUUUGGGAAGCUCGAGACAGAAUCUAAACAUCAAUCCAAAAGCUAAAAGAUUCAGGGUUACUGUUGGAUGGAAGUUCUAAUAAUCAUUUCAAUAUGCAUGACAUGGUUCGAGAUGCUGCUUUGUCCAUAGCUAACAAGGAUAGAAAUGUUUUUACUCUAAGAAAUGUCAAACUAGAUUAUUGGCCCGAACUCAAGAGUUGCACUUCUAUUUCUAUUAGCAAUUGUGAUAUCACUGACGGGCUUCCUGACGACAUAAAUUGUUCUCAGCUUCAAUUUUUUCGAAUAGACACUAAUGAUUCGUCUUUGGUAAUACCUGAUAAUUUUUUUGAAGGAAUGAAGAACCUUGAAGUUUUAAUAUUGACCGGUUUUCGUCUAUCAAGAUUACCAUCUUCUAUUCAAUUCCUAUUAAAGCUCAGAAUGCUUUGUUUGGAACGAUGCACAUUAGAUGAGAACUUAUCUAUAGGAAAGCUGAAAAAAUUAAGAAUUCUUAGCUUCUCUGGAUCUCAACUGAAAAAUUUGCCAUCUGAUUUAGGGUGCUUGGACAAGUUACAACUUCUUGACAUUGACGAUUGUUCCUUACUGAAUAUUCAUAUUCCACCCAAUCUUCUAUCAUGUUUGACCUAUUUAGAAGAAUUGUAUAUAAGAAAGAGCUUGAUCAAAACAUUGGUGGAAGGAGAAAGAAACCAAGGUCAAAAUUUGUUUCUUUCUGAACUACAAAAUUUGCAUCAGUUGAAAGUGGUGGACUUAAGCAUCCCGUGUCUUUCGGUUUUGCCCAAUCACUUGUUCUUUGAUACGUUAAAAGAUUACAAGAUUGUGGUUGGAGACUUGGAAGUGUUUUCGGUUGGAGACUUUAGGAUGCCCGAUAAGUAUGAAACAUUUAGAGUUUUGGCAUUGCAACUGAAUGAUGCCAUUGACAUUCACUCCCACGAAGGCGUAAAAAUGUUGUUUAAAACAGUACAAUGUUUGUUGUUGGGAAAGGUAGACAGAGUUCAAAGUGUUGUUAAUGAUUUGAAUAUAGAUGGAUUUCCAGAUCUGAAACAUUUAUACAUAGUGAAUAACAACAACAUCAAAUAUGUCAACGCAACAAAAUUGUCUAAUUGUGUGGACAUUUUUCCCAAUUUGGAAUCUCUAUGCCUCCACAAUCUAGUGAACUUAGAGAUGAUAUGUUACGGUCUUCUUACAGUUGCGUCAUUUGCCAAAUUAAAAGCCAUCAAAGUUGAGAUGUGUAACCGAUUGGAGAAUCUCUACUCCUUUUACACAGUUAAAUUUCCUACUGGUUCAAAGCCAUGUGAGAUUUCUGAAUGUAAUUCUUUUAUGGAUAAAUUUCCUACCAAUGUAGAAAUAAUUGAGGUUUGUGAAUGUGGAUCUUUAAAGGAGAUCCUUCAAAUACCAAUGGAUUAUGGUAAAUUUGAGUUUCUUAAGUUGCACACUUUGUCACUUCAAUCAUUACCAUCACUUACAAGUUUUUAUACCAAAGUAGAUCGGUCUUGCCGACCACAUCUAACAGAAGUAGAAACUACAAAUCCGGGUAGUAGAGAAAUUAUCAAUGAAGAAGAUAAGCAAAACAACAAGACUCUUCCUCUUUUUGAUGAGCUGGUUGAAAUUCCAAACCUAGAGAUCUUGAAUAUAUCCUCACUCAACAUCUAUAAGAUAUGGAGCAACAAACACUCGUCAAGUUUUUGGGGUCAAAACUUGAUAAAAUUAGUUGUGAAAGAUUGUGAUAAACUGACAUAUUUGUGUUCAUUGUCUAUGGCUAGAAGUUUGAAGAAGCUGAAAAGCCUAGUCAUAAGUGAGUGUCUGAAUAUGGAGAAGAUUUUUGAAACUGAAGAAAAUAGUGCAGACAAGGUUUGUGUCUUCCCUAAGUUAGAGGAAAUCCACCUUAGCAAAAUGAAUAGAUUAACAGAUAUAUGGCAAACUGAAGUGAGUGUUGAUUCCUUUUCUAAUAUCAUUUCUGUGAAAAUUGAAGAAUGCUAUAAACUAAAUAAGAUUUUUCCAAGUCACAUGAAAGGAUGGGUUGAAUGUUUGGACAACUUGACAGUUUGUAGUUGUGAGUCGGUGGAAGUGAUUUUUGAAAUCAAUGAUUAUGAAAAAAUAGAUGAAUUUGGAGGGAUAAACACAAAUUUGCAAGUUAUUCUUCUAGAAAAUCUCCCAAAGUUGAAACAAUUGUGGAGUACAGAUCCAGGAGGAAUUCUUAACUUUAAAAAGUUGCGGGCUAUUGAUGUAUGUGAUUGUGAUGAAUUGAUAAAUUUGUUUCCCGCUUCUGUGGCCGAAGAUGUUCCAAAGCUUGAACGCAUAUCAACAUUGUAUUGUGAAAAAAUGGUGGAAAUUGUUACAAGUCAAGAUGCAUCAUAUGCUAACAAUGAUCCAUUAGUGUUUCCUGAACUAACCUGUGUGAGAUUAGAAUGGCUACCAAACAUCAAGCGUUUCUGCAAGGGGAAACAUCUUAUAAAGUGCCCAAAGUUGAAGCAGUUCAGCAUCCACAAGCGUGUGAAACUUAACACAUUCCUCAAAGAAAUCAAUGAAACAACAAACAAAGAAGAAAAAUGUGUUUUUUCAGCGGAAGAGGUAUUGCCAAAUUUGGAGUAUAUGGAAAUUGACUUCAAUGAAGUACAAGAGUUGUUACCAAAGUAUCAAAUGCAACGUCUGAAAGAGCUUAGUUUGAUGUCAGCCCAAAGUCUCAAUCUUCUCUACCAGUUUCCGUACAGUAUGCCAAAUUUAGAAAAGUUAACAAUGACUUACCCUUAUUUUCUUGAAGAGUUGGAGCGAAGAGCAAACUUUGCACAACAAGAAAAAAUUGGAAUCCCAUUGCAGCUGAAGGAAUUAGUUUUAGUUUUGUCAAAGAUAAAGGAUCUAAACUUCGGACGAGUUCCAGUUUUACAAAGACUAGAGCUUUUAAGCUUAAAACAUUGUAACAAUCUGAACAACUUAGGUCCUCCCUCUGUAUCAUUGACUUACUUAACGCAUUUGGAACUGAAGUACUGUAAGGGAUUAAGGAACUUAAUGGCAUCUUCCACUGCCCAAAGCAUGGUUCAACUCAAGACCAUGAAGAUAAUCAAUUGUCCUGAAGUAGAGCAAAUAGUAAGCAACGAGGGAAAUGAAAAAGGCAAAGUGAUGAAAAUUGUAUUCAGCAAAUUGAUUUCUAUAGAACUUGUGAGGCUAAACUACAUGAGAAGCUUUUGUGGUGACAACGAGUGUGAAUUUGAAUUCCCAUCACUUGAAAUAUUGAUUGUAAGGGAGUGUCCAAAGAUGAAGAAAUUCAGUGAGAGAAGGUCAAUAACACAAAAGUUAAAGAACGUAUUUGGUGUAGAAGGAGACGAGAAAUCCAGAUGUCAGUGGGAAGGUGACUUGAAUGCCACCCUUCAAAAAGUUUUCAAUGAUAAGGUCAGUUUCGCAUACACUGAAGAUCUGCGGCUUGACAAUGAUAUUAUAGAGCAACUAUGGCGUGACACUGAUUGGGUGCACCAAAAUAGCUUUCGCUCUUUGAGAAGGUUGAAUGCAUGGGGAUGUGAUACUGGAGAGCAUGUAAUUCCAUCUCAUUUGCUUUCUUGCUUUCACAAUUUGGAAGAACUUGAAGUAGUGGAUUGCAAAGCAGCACGGUUCUUAUUUGGUAUCAAUGAUGAGAACAGGGUGAGAAAAGGUUCGGGAAUAUUCCGUCUGAAAAGUUUGUCUUUAAGUAAACUAUCAAAUUUGAAGGAUGUAUGGGAGAAGGAUCCGGAGGGGAUUAUUGGCCUUCAACUGCUAAAGGAAAUACGUGUUGAAGAAUGUGGACGUCUUCAAAGUUUGUUUCCGGCAUCGGUGGCCAAGGAUCUGACCAGACUUCAAGUGCUUCAGGUAACAAAGUGUGAGGAAUUGACAGAGAUAUUUAGGAAAGAUGAAAAGGGUGGAGAAGGACCAACACAAGUGUUUCCUCGUCUCACCACAUUGAAGCUGGAGAAAUUGCCAGGCCUCGAAUACUCUAUCCACCGCUCCAAACAACAGGUGAUAUUAACAAAUUUGAGCUCUGCACAAGAGCAAUUAUGCCUUGGCUCAUGGCCCAUUCCAAGCUCCUCCUUUGGUCUUUUAGAUUCUUUGACUGUGGAUGGUUGCCAUUUUUUUUCAGAUGUACUUCUGCCAUUCAAUUUACUUCCUUUCUUAUCAAAUUUGAAAGAGUUAACAAUUCGAAACUGUACUUUUGUGAAAACCAUUUUUGGUGUCAAAUGUACAACACAAGACACAAUAACUUUUGGUCUGAAGAAAUUGAGUUUAUCCAAUCUGCGAACCCUGCAGAAUGUAUGGAAUGAAGAUCCCCGUGGAAUUCUAAAUAUGAACCAUUUACAAGAAGUAAAUGUUAAUCAAUGUAAAGGACUUAAAAAUGUGUUUCCCGCAUCAAUUGCCCAAGAUCUGGUGAAACUUAAAAGUUUAGUGGUGGAAGACUGUGAGGAACUGAUAACAAUUGUUGCUGAGGAUGAUACAGAUCCAAGCAGAAGAAAUCAAGAUCUCCCAUGUCCCUGUGUGAGAUCAUUGAAACUAAGGCGUCUUCCCAUGUUCAAAUAUUUUUACUACUGCUCACUGCAGUCCAACAAUUUUACACAUCGAAAAUCACAUAUUGAAAUGUUAUUCAAGUGCUUAUCACUGGGGAAAAAUGGAGUGGAGAUGAUUUUGCGUGGAGAAUUUCAGGGAAACUUCUUACAUAACUUAAAAGUUCUUACUCUCCUUGGUUGUGAGUCGGACAUAUUUGCGUAUAAAGUUCUAAAACAGGUGCCCAAUAUAGAGAAACUUGUGGUGUGUGAUGGUUCUUUCAAGGGGAUCUUCAAGUGCCAAAGUCCUAAUAAUGUGGAUUAUAGUGAACUUCAAUUACAGCUGAAAGAAUUACACUUGGAGUUCCUUAGAGAGUCGGUUUGCAUUGGGUUAGAGAACUUUUGGAUUCAGCCCUUUGUCAGAAACUUAGAAACUUUUGAAGUCAUUAGUUGUCGGAGUUUAGAAAACUUGGUAGGAUGCAAAGUAUCUUUCUUCAAUCUGACAUAUCUGAAAGUUGAAAGUUGCGACAGCUUAUCAUAUUUGUUCACUUCCUCAACAGCCAAGAGUUUGAGUCAACUAAAAAAAAUGGAGAUAAAUAGGUGCAAAUCAAUUGAAGAGAUAGUGUCUAAGGAGAAAGGGGAAGAAGAAUCAGAAGGGAAUGAGAUAAUAUUUCCGAAGCUCGAUCAUUGAAUCUUGAUUAUUUACAGAAGCUCCGGAAGUUUUACAGAGGGAGUUUAAAUUUUCCAUCAUUGGAAGAAUUGUCAAUAACAAAUUGCGACAAGAUGAUAACUUUAUGUACAGGAACGCUAAAAACAGACAGGUUGUCUCAAGUUAUACUUUAUGAUCCGGGAGUUCUUUCUUUAGAAACUAAUCUUAAUUCUACUAUGCAAAAGAAAUUUCUGAAAAAGAUUUCAAAACUUAAUCGAGCUGUUCUAGGAGAUGGGUUACAAGAGAUAUGGCAAGACCCAAAGCAGAUCCCCGACUACUUUUGUUUCAGUGAGUUGACCCAAUUGUUUGUGGAUAACUGUCAGUUUUCAUUGGAUGCAGUGCUACCCUUCCAUUUGCUUCCUUUGUUACCUAAAUUGGAAACAUUGCAAGUUGGAAACUGUGAUUCUGUCAAAACCAUAUUCGA